AGCAAACAAAAUGGUCUCUUUUCAACUUUUGUUCAGUUUUAUGUGGUGUAUGUUCUAUAGCGGAGGAAAAGGUAAAAACUGCUCAGAAUACUUCAAUCCUCAGGAAAAGAUCAUAUCAAAUCUGCUCUCCGACAUGACGACCUCGAACGAGACCUGCAACUACGAAAUAAUUGCUCCUGUCGGACAGCAUGUAGAAAUUUUAUUCGAUGUUAACUUUCGCAAUCAAAGGCGAUGCUCACCAAUGUCAACAGCAGAUUAUGGAAUAUUCAUAUCAUACACCCACACUGACCAGACGAGGUAUUAUGACGUCAUUUGUGAUAAGAAGUCGGCUUACCUGGUCCGGUCCGUCGGAAGAAGGCUCUAUCUGAAGUUUAUUAUAAACCACGUACCAUUUACGUAUCAUGGAAUUUAUCGUUUUGUUCCAUCAACAAACUGCAUCAUGUUCCAGUGCCUAAAUGGAGGGACAUGCAUUGUAACUAAUGGCCAGCGGUUCUGCAUCUGUUCUCCCGGUUUUUCCGGAUUUACAUGUUCUGAAUGUGCAAAUUUCAGAUGUUACAAUGGUGGUUCAUGUAUCAUGUCGAAGAACAACAAACCGCAUUGUGUAUGUGGGAUUAAUUUCGAAGGAAGAUUUUGUGAGAGAAACAGAAAUCCCUGUCUCUCCAAUCCAUGUCUUUUCGGACGUUGUGAAAUAAUUACUUCAAGUGAUACAUCGAUUUCAUCGAAAACAGACGGGAAUGAAUAUAGCUUACCUACAGGGUACAAUAAUUUAACUAAUGUAACAUCCAAACAUAUUAUCUAUGAUCAGUUAAAUGAUAUUUUACAAGAAGAGAGUCAUGACAGUUUUCAAUGUACAUGUUACUCUGGUUACAGUGGUGUUCGAUGUGAUCAAAUUACAGAAAAAUGUGACUCUCAUUCAUGUCUUGUCCAUAAGGAAUGUACUUAAGAAGUGGAUAAACUCGAUUGCAAUUGUGGUGAGUGUGUUUUUGGGCUGUGCGUUCUUGUAAAUGAUAGCAGAAACUGCCGUUGUUUUCCUGGAUUUUCAGGAGACAACUGUUCGCAAAAUAUCAACGAAUGCGAUCAAACCCCUUGUGUCCAUGGGGACUGUGUCGAUUUCGUAAAUAGAUAUGUUUGUUCAUGCAAUGAAAAUUACACAGGUAAAACCUGCAAUGUCACUUUGAGAGAAAACAUUGAUCACUUGAACUCAACAGAUGAUUGUAGCACAAACACUUGUAUAAAUGGAAUUUGUGCAGAACAAGAGUCAUUUACAGCUUGUCAUUGUUACACAGGAUUUACAGGUAAAAGAUGUGAAAUUCCAAUAUCUUUCCUGGUAUCCACAAACGACACAUUCCCAUCAAGGCAACACAGAUGUUUCAAAAAGGGAGACAUUGUUGAAAUUUGCCAAUGCAUUUCCAAAGCCUGUACGGGUAAUCAAACAGGAUUUCAGAAUACAACAGUUUGUAACACUCUGCAUUUACUCUCUUUACUGAACGAGUUCUGCUCAGAAGGCAAUUUUUCAACCGUAUGUGUUUCUUAUUUUGACACGAGUAUUGUGUCAAUCUUGCGUCUUCUUUGUGUUCAUAAACAAAUAAGCAUUCCAAAAACGCCUAACAAAAACAAUUUAACAGAACUUUUUCCAUUUCGAGAGAAAGGAUUUGCACAGUCUUCAUAUUUACUUCGAUGUACAUUAUCAAGCAGUCUAGAAAUGACAGAUGUUGUAUUGCGUCCUGAAGCAACAUCUUUGGAGUUCGUCCAUCAAGUUUAUGUAUUCUCAGAAUGUUACAUAAAUAUAACUGACCAUUUUGAAGUUUCAGAUUGUUCGAUUAAAACAAUUUCAUUUCAUUUCAACAUGACAUGGGUUUCUAAUUAUUUUAAAUAUGUAAAUAUUGAAAUGACUGUGAUUGAAAAGUUAGAGAGAACGGGAACUGGCACCUCAUUAGCACAGGCAGGAUAUUUUAUCAAGCAAACUUUUAAUAUAUCAGUGGAAACUUUGUUUAUGUCGUUUGGCAAUAAAACUCAGUUUUUGGAGACAAACACGUUGGGACAGGUCACAUAUACGUGUAAGCAUAUAUGCGGUGAAAGUGUUUGCAAGAAGAAAACUUGUGAAUUGGACAAGAUGACUCCGGAAUAUCAAAUGAUAGAAAAUGAUAAUAAUGGAAAUCAUAGUAGCCUCUGUACAUGUCCAAUGAACGAAACAGGUGACCUGUGCCACAACACGAAGGACAAUGGUGGAAAAAAGACACAUAAAGAGAUGUCCUACACAUUUGUUUAUUUAAUUAUAUCUUUUACAAUUAUGUUGAUCGUUUUGAUACCUGGAUCCGCCUGCAUAUGCAUAAAACAGUCAAGAAAAAGAGGUAAGGCAGAAUUUCCGGAACUGUUGUACAGUCCUUCAGCCCUCGAUACUAAAGUUCUUUCAAAAGGUACAAGAGAAAGAAGUUCAGACGAUGUAGAACAGACGCUACCAAAGCUCAUGACGUCACGAGAUAUUUUCAUGGAAAACAAGAAAAAACUUUUCCUGGUGGACGGUGCAGAAACAGGCAAAAGCGAAGCAUGACAAAAUCGUA